UGUUCUUGUCCUGAGACUUGUGAGAGUCAGCAGACUGCAGUGCCACCUGUGACCGGUCACACACAAUUAUCUGUAUGAUGUGUUGUUGAGAAAAAUGCAGAUCCAGAAGAGGUGCUGCUCAGUUUUCUGAGGAGAAAAGUUGGUCUGACUGGCACUAAGUACGGCUGUGGAGGUGGAGGAUGCGGAGCCUGCACUGUCAUGGUGUCCACAUAUGACCGCAACCAGAGGACAGUUGUACACUAUACUGUCAUCGCCUGCCUGCAGCCUAUCGUCACCCUGCACGGAGCCGCUGUGGUGACGGUUGAGGGCAUCGGCAGCACAAAGACCAAACUCCAUCCUGUUCAGGAGCGGAUAGCGAAGGCUCACGGCUCCCAGUGUGGCUUCUGCACUCCAGGGAUGGUGAUGUCCAUGUACACUCUGCUGAGGAACAAGCCCCAGCCCACCAUGGAGGACAUCAGGGAAGCUCUGGGAGGGAACCUUUGUCGCUGCACAGGCUACAGACCCAUCAUUGACGGAUUUAAGACUUUUUGUGAAAGUGAGCAGUCAUCCGGCUGCUGCCAAAACGGAAGAGCUGGUGGGGAAUGCUGUUUGGAAAACGGAGCAAAGGGCAGCAAAACCAACAACAGCAAGGAAAGUGAUCAGAUCUCUCAGGAACUCUUCCCAAUGGAUUGUUUUUUACCUCUGGAUCCUUCUCAAGAUCUUAUCUUCCCUCCAGAGCUGAUGAUUAUGGAGAAGAAAGUCAGUGGAGAUGCUCUUUAUUUCCAAGGGGAAAGAGUGAAUUUGGUUGCUCCGUUUAAGCUGUCACACCUCUUGGAGCUCAAGGCUGAACAUCCUUCGGCUCCACUGAUUGUUGGAAACACAACUAUCGGACCGAAGAUGCUUCUGAAAGGAGUCUAUCAUCCUCUGGUGAUCUACGCUGGAAGGAUUUCUGAGCUAAAAGCUGUGACAUGGGGGGAGACUGGUCUGACAGUCGGAGCCGCCUGCAGCCUCAGCACGCUGCAGAAGGAGGUGGAGAAGGUCGUGGUGGAGACGGAGGAGGAGAAAACCAGAGGAUACCGGGCGCUGCUGCAGACUCUUCGGUGUCUGGCAGGGAAACAGAUUCGCAACAUGGCGACUGUUGGUGGGAAUAUCCUCAGUGCCAACCCCAAAUACGACCUCAGCAGUGUUUUGGCUGCUCUGGACUGCACUCUGCACGUCAUAUCUAAAGAUGGGAUGAGGAGCAUACCCUUGGAUGAAAAACUCUUCGCUGACUUUGGAAAAACAGUCCUCAGGCCCGAAGAAGUCCUGCUGUCCAUCGACAUCCCCUACACCAAACCUUGGGAGUUUGUGGCGGCCUAUCGACAGGCCCAGAGGCGAGAGUUCGCCUUCUCCUUUCUUAACGCUGGGAUGAAAGUGGCCAUUAAGGAGGGAACCGACGUCGUGGAGUCCCUCAGUAUCUACUACGGUGGAGUUGGACCGACUCUGGUCAAACCCAAACUGACGUGCCAGCAGCUCGUCAGCCGAUCGUGGGGGGAGGAUCUUCUCUCUGAAGGCUGCCGCCUCCUGAAGGAAGACGUGGACGUUUCUCCGUCAAUCCACGGAGGCAGGGCAGAGUUCCGCAAGACCCUCGCCAUCAGCUUCUUCUUCAAGUUCUACAUGCAAGUCGUCCUGGAGAUGAGAGAGCGGGGGGUUUCAGACGCUGAUUUUCCUCUGGAGUAUCUCAGCGCACUCAAGCCCUUCAAGAACGAAGUGCCACAGGGUCAACAGUCCUUCCAGCUCGUAUCAGAGGCCCAGCCCUCUGCUGACCUGGUGGGUCGUCCCAGCAUGCAUCAGUCUGCUUUCCAGCAAGCCACAGGUGAAGCAAAGUACUACGACGACCUGCCGCUGGUCCAGGGAGAGCUCUUCAUCUUCAUGGUGACGAGCACCAGAGCCCAUGCUAAAAUAAUCAACAUCGACCCGUCAGAGGCCCUGAAGAUGCCUGGGAUGGUCACGUUUGUCUCUGCUGGAGAUGUUCCUGGGGCGAACUGCAGACUCUGGUUCAAUAACCCAGAGGAACUGUUUGCAGAAGAAGAGGUGGUUUGUGUUGGUCAGAUCAUCGGUGCAGUGGUGGCAGAGAGCAGGGAACAGGCCAGGAGAGCAGCUAAGGAGGUCCACGUCACCUACCACGACCUCCAGCCUGUCUUCUUCACUAUAGAGGAUGCCAUAAGGCACGAGUCUUACUUUGAACCCAAGAGGAAAGUGGAGAGGGGUGAUGUGGACGAAGCCUUAAAGACUGCUGAACACAUUCUGGAGGAUGAGAUCUAUAUGGGCGGUCAGGAGCAUUUCUACAUGGAGACUCAGGGAGUGAUCGCUGUUCCCAAAGGAGAACAUGAAGAGAUGGAUUUGUUUGUGGCUACUCAACACGCUGCCUUCACUCAGGAGCUGGUCGGCAUGGCUCUGGGCGUCGACUCCAACAAGAUCACCUGCCAUGUGAAGAGGCUGGGCGGAGGGUUCGGAGGCAAAGUCAUGAAGAUCGCUUCUCUCUCUGCUAUCACUGCGGUCGCAGCACACAAAACUGGUAGGGCUGUACGCUGCUGUCUGGAGCGAGGAGACGACAUGCUGAUCACCAGCGGCAGACACCCGUUUCUCGGAAAGUACAAGGUUGGAUACAACAACGAUGGCACCAUAGUAGCAGCAGACAUCACUUACUACAGCAAUGGAGGAUCCACACUGGACGAGUCAGCGUUUAUCAUGGACAAAGCUGUCCUCCACAUGGACAACGGCUACAAGAUCCCCAACCUGCGAGGUCGGGGAGUGGUGUGUAAAACCUACCUGCCCUCCUACACGGCCUUCCGCGGCUUUGGCGGGCCCCAGGGUCUGAUGGUGAUGGAGAGUGUCCUGCAUGAAGUCGCUGUUCGCUGUGGCCUACCAGCUGAAAAGGUUAGAGACAUCAAUAUGUACAGGGAGGAGCAGAGCUACACCCACCACAAGCAGCCCUUCAACCCCACCGACAUGGUGCGCUGCUGGGAUGAGUGUCUGGAAAGGGCUAACUACCAGGACAGACUUCGAGCCGUCCAGCUGUUCAACUCCUCCAACCGCUGGAAGAAGAGAGGCAUCAGCGCAGUGCCACAGAAGUUUGGCGUCGGCUUCUCCAAAGGUUUCUGUAAUCAGGGUGCAGCGUUGGUGAACAUCUACAAAGAUGGCUCCGUGCUGGUAACACACGGAGGGACAGAGAUGGGCCAGGGCAUCAACACUAAGGCUAUACAGAUAGCUAGCCGUGUCCUCAAGGUCCCCGUGUCUUCCAUCUUCACCAAGGAGACCUGUACAGGAAACGUCCCCAACGCAGCACCAUCAGCUGCCUCCUUUGGCACGGACGCCGUGGGCAUGGCAGUCAAGGAUGCUUGUGAGAAGCUGAUGAGGCGCCUGCAACCACUGAUGGAGAAGAAUCCCCAAAACACCUGGAAGCAAUGGGUUAAUGAAGCUUUCUUCCAGAAGACCAGCUUAUCUGCAACUGGAUUCUUUAUGGGUCCACCCACCGAUGUUGACUGGGAGAAAGGUGAAGGUCAAGCGUACUACUACUUCACCUUCGGUGCUUGCUGCUCUGAAGUGGAGAUCGAUUGUCUCACUGGGGAUCACAAGAACAUCAGGACAGACAUUGUGAUGGAUGUCGGGAAAAGCAUCAAUCCUGCUUUGGACAUUGGACAGGUGGAGGGAGGUUUCGUCCAGGGCGUCGGCCUGUACACCAUCGAGGAGCUGCAGUUCUCCCCAGACGGAGUCCUGAUGACAAGAGGGCCGUCUCAGUAUAAGGUCCCGGCACUCUGCGACGUCCCAGCUGAGCUCAAUGUUCACCUGCUCGCUAAUGCUGAAAACCCCCACGCCAUCUACCUGUCCAAGGGUAUUGGCGAGCCUCCGGUUUUCUUCGGCUCCACCAUUUUCUUUGCCAUCAAGGCGGCCAUCGCAGCAGCACGCACAGAGAGAGGACUGGGGGACGCUUUCCCUCUGAGCUCCCCUGCAACAGCCGAGAAGAUCCGCAUGGCCUGUCAGGACGAGUUCACUAAAAUGGCUUCACCUCCGACGGACGGGGCCAUGGCCCCGUGGUGCCUCGACGUGUGAUCAGCCUCGGCCCACAAGAAGACAAAUCUGCGUUAGUUUACAAACCACUCUUCAUUAUGUUUACUGCUAUUGGAUGUACAAUGGGUUUAUUUGUUGUCUUCAAUAACGGUUAAAUCAUUUCUUCUUCUUUUAUUCAAAUAGUGAUAUUGUAGGAUAAAGGCACAAGCACAACAAAUAAAUGUAAAUUGAAGUGGUCAUAAGGUAUUAAUUUCACAUUAUACACUGUUAGAAAUGAGAAUACAUGAGUUAUGAAAAAAAGCUUAAUUUGUUUGUUUAAAAUUAACAUGUAAAGAGAGUUUAGAGAGUAAAGUAAGUGUAUGAUAAUAAUCAUUGUUAGUUACAUUUAGUUCACAGUUUAGUUUAGUUUGAUCAAAUAAAAACAGAUUCAGAUGUUUAAGGCCCACGGUUUGUAAGAUCCUGGUUUGCUGGCUGGAAUCUGGAAACAAAACAAAAACAUGAACAGAAAUAAAUUAAUUUAUGGUGUAAUGGACAAUUUCUUACCUCAUCUCAAAAAGGGUUUAAUUCCUUUACAUUAUCAAUUGCCUGUUUAUUUUGUUUUAUUCCCACAAACAAAACAAUAAAGAAAGAUUAAAAGGUAA